ACCCAUUCCGGGGGGACUACAUGCGGGAGUCAACAUCAGCUUCACUGCGCGGCAACAUGCCACGGGCGACCUAUGGGUAAUGAAUCUAUACAACGAGACGGGUACUAUUGCUCUCCAUCUCAAGGUCGGCUUGUCGGGCUGGGUAUUAUGGGAUACUUUCACAGACCACUGGACACACAAUCACCUCGACACAACCACUGUGCCCUUCCCUCCCCACCCCAGUGUGUUCACCUGUAGUGUGCAGGUGACGGAGGCGAGUUACACGUUGUUGGUGAAUGGUGUAUCUUUCGUGACCUACAACCACGUGGUAUCGGAGCUGUGGACCAUCAACGCCUUAACAUUCGGAGACUCGAUCGAGCUCUUGGAGGUUGACAUGCAACUGUAAUAGAUGUCAACAGCCUCGUGGUGUGAUGAUGAACAGCUGCACCAGGCCAGUACCAGACAACACGUUCACAGACACUGUAGUCUAGUUGCAACAACAUUCACCAUCAGGCCAGUACCAGACAACACGUUCACAGACACUGUAGUCUAGUCAACAACAUUCACCAUCAGGCCAGUACCAGACAACACGUUCACAGACACUGUAGUCUAGUCAACAACAUUCACCAUCAGGCCAGUACCAGACAACACGUACACAGACACUGUAGUCUAGUCAACAACAUUCACCAUCAGGCCAGUACCAGACAACACGUUCACAGACACUGUAGUCUAGUUGCAACAACAUUCACCAUCAGGCCAGUACCAGACAACACGUUCACAGACACUGUAGUCUA